AUGGGAAAUCGGGCCAUUAUUUGCAAGAUCUGGUCGGGAUUAUCGUGUAACAUUCUCAUGGAAGACGUUAAUCUCUACAGAGGGAAAAUAAUGCCGGGAAUUGUGCUGCUUGACGAAUUGGAUCCAGAUCAGAAUAAAGCAGAUGUAGAAUAUAUCAACGACGAGGAGCUGGACUUUGGUGACGUUGAAUACGAGAACAUGGAGUUUAGAAAUGCACCAACUGAUAUGGAUCCGGGAAACUGA